UGUUAGUGGGCGGCCAUUAUUGUUUUGGUUUUGAAUAUAAUCAAACAGUUUUUUUUAACACACACACACACACAACACACGUGUUGCUAACACAUACACACAUACGCCAGACAACUGUCCACAAUAACAACGAUUAGUGGCCACCAAUUACGACAUCGACAACAACAACAACAAUGAAGUAUAUACUGGUGACCGGCGGCGUAAUCAGCGGUAUCGGCAAAGGUGUCAUUGCCAGCAGUAUCGGUACACUAUUGAAGUCGUACGCACUGCGGGUAACGGCCAUCAAAAUUGAUCCGUACAUUAAUAUCGAUGCCGGCACAUUUUCGCCGUACGAGCACGGUGAAGUGUAUGUGUUGGACGACGGCGGCGAAGUUGAUCUCGAUCUGGGAAACUACGAACGCUUUCUUGAUGUAACCCUUCAUAAGGACAACAAUAUAACCAGCGGUAAAAUCUAUCAGCACGUAAUUGAACGGGAACGCCGCGGCGACUAUUUAGGCAAAACUGUCCAAAUCGUACCCCAUUUGACAAAUGCCGUACAGGAUUGGGUCGAACGAGUAGCUGCCGUACCCGUUGACAAUACAAACAAAGAACCGGAAGUUUGUGUGAUUGAAUUGGGCGGUACUAUCGGCGACAUCGAAGGCAUGCCGUUUGUCGAAGCUUUUCGCCAGUUUAUCCGGCGGGUUGGCGGCCAUAACUUUUGCAACGUUCACGUCAGUCUAGUACCGCAUCCGAAAACUACCGGCGAAUUGAAGACCAAACCGACACAAGUUAGCGUUCGUGAACUCAAUCGACUCGGACUUAUACCUGAUCUGAUUAUCUGCCGAAGUGAACGUCAAAUCAACGAAGAAGUUCGCGAAAAGAUCUCAAACUUUUGUAACGUAUUACCCGAACAUGUCAUCUGUAUUCACGACCGAUCGUCCAUUUAUCGGGUGCCGCUCGCCCUCGAAGAACAAGGUCUGGCCAAGUAUUUUGCCGAACGUUUAAGGAUUCAGUUGCCGACUAUACACACUCGCAAACUGAUGUCCAAAUGGCGCGAUCUGGCCGACCGUCACGACAAUAUGACCAAAGAGGUUAACAUUGCUCUCGUUGGCAAAUAUACCCGAUUGCAGGACUCGUACGCUUCGGUAGUCAAAGCGCUACAACAUUCGGCACUUCAUAUACACCAUAGACUCAAUCUGACGUACAUCGAUGCCGAAUCACUGGAGCCCGAGUCCAAAGUCAAGUCGCCGAUCCAGUACUACGAGGCCUGGCAGGAGCUAUGCAAAGCCGAAGGUGUUAUAGUUCCGGGAGGUUUCGGCCCGCGCGGCGUUGACGGUAUGGUACUGGCCAUAGAGUGGGCCCGAGUCAACAAAAAACCGUUUCUCGGCGUUUGUUUGGGUAUGCAAUGCGCAGUCAUUGAGUUUGCCCGCAACGUACUGAACUGGACGGACGCCAACAGUACCGAAGUGGAUGAUAAGACUAGUCGGCCGGUUAUCAUUGAUAUGCCCGAACAUCAUGGCGGCGAUAUGGGCGGUACUAUGCGUGUCGGUUUGCGUACAACCAAUUUCAAAUCUGGCCAUCCGUCGACAUUGAAACUACUCUACGGUGAUGUGGCAUCGGUUGACGAACGUCACCGACAUCGCUACGAAGUGAAUCCCGAUUUUGUCGCCGAUUUUAGUGCCAAAGGCCUGCACUUUGUCGGCCAAGACAUCGAAGGCAAACGUAUGGAAGUUAUGGAACUGGAAGAUCAGCCCUACUUUGUCGGUGUCCAAUAUCAUCCCGAAUAUCUUAGUCGACCAUUGAAACCGUCGCCACCGUAUUUGGGUCUACUGUUGGCCACAAGCAAUAAAUUGACACAAUAUUUGGCCCGCGGUUGUCGUCUAACACCGCGUAACCGUAGCGACAACGAAUCCAGCGAUGAUGACGAUACCGAUGAUUUCAAUGUAAUCUACCAGUCGGUGAAUUUAGUUGCUAACGGCAGCGCCGGUGCCGACAAACCACUAGUUGAAGAAAAAUAG